UUCAAAAUAUGUUGGCGGUAAGCGAGUUUCAGGAAGUGAAUUGUCUAUUUCAUUUAAUUCCACACUUAAACAAUGACGCAGGUUCAUGAUGUAGUACUCAAUGUUUGCGGAGGCCUACCGGUAACUGUAAGGCAAGCAGAUGAAUCUUUUCCAACUUAAAGUCCAGUCACUGGGAAAACUGUUAGCUGUAGCUGUACAUUGUUGAGGAGAUGAGAGCUCCUGUUGGAUAUAUGCAAAAUGGCCAUUAUUUUACACUUUCUGGUGACAAAACAUUAUCCAUAUGGUAGCACUAGCUGAUCUUUGUCACGAGUCACCACAGCUUACUUCCUGAUGCAGUAAUUGAGAAGCAGCAUAUCCAUUGUAAAUUAAGUGGAAAUCCUUAGACUACUCUCCUGGCCAUUCCCUGGGCCAGACCCCCUUCCACUCCCUAGGCCACUCCCUAAACCACUCCCCUUCCACUCCCUAGGCCACUCUCUAAACCACUCCCCUUCCACUCCCUAGGCCACUCCCUAAACCACUCCCCUUCCACUCCCUAGGCCACUCCCUAAACCACUCCCCUUCCACUCCCUAGACCAUUCCUCAAGCUUGACACUCCCUAGACCAUUCCUCCUCCACUCUCUUGGCCACUCCCCCAGCCACUACCUAGACCACUCCCACUGUCACUCCCUGGUUCACUUCCCUUGCUACUCCCUUUGCCACUCCCAAGACCACUCCCCCAGCUACUCCCUUGACAUUAUAUAGACAACUCCCCCUUCCCUUCCUUGACCAAUCCCCUAGCCACUCCGUAGACUACUACUCUGCAUCUGCCUUGGCCACUCCCUAGACCACUCCCCCUGCCUCUCCCUCAGCACUCAGUUGACCACUUCUUGUGUCACCCCCAAGAACACUCCCUGCAGCCACUGUAUCUUCCACCAUGCAGGAGUACCUGGAGAAGAAACUGACCACAGCACAUGAUACUGGGAGCAGAACCAACUUCAAGGAAAAGGCGAUAGGUUUUGUCUCUGCAGUAGGAUUUGUAUGUCUUCUGCCUUUGUUGCAUAUAGGUGUAUUUUACAAGCAUAUCUGGGUUCCUGACAAGAAGAAGAUCAUCGACAGAUAUGCCUGCGACUGCAGUUGUUUUGACACAAUAUUCAGAGGGCGCUAUGAAUACCCUGUCAGCUCAUAUAAACAUGUCUAUUUUAAUGCUACGAGUAACACCUUCUAUAUCUGGACGCUGACUGUGCUGGUGCUGUUCCUGACCUAUGAUGCCAUCAAGUAUUUGGUCGGGGUCCUGCGGCGUGGAACAUGUCGUAGGAGAUGGCUGUUUACCCUCCUAGUAUCCGUGUACCCUCACUACUACUCCUGGUGGUCCUACUUCAACUACUGGAACGAGGACUUCUACCAGCAUUGGGCACACCACAUGCUGUUUGCUGUCACAGAGUUGGUGUCCACGGUUGUUGUUCUGAACCUGUGUGACUCCGGCCACAGGGUGAAGACGUGGAAACUACUGGCAGUCUUCAGUAUUAAUCUAGCCCACAUCCUUAUCAGCGGCAUAGACCAGUUCAUAGAGCACGUGGUUUUCUCUAAGGGGUUUGCCUUCCAGAGUUUGCGGGAUGUGGGCCUGAUGCUGCCGGAUAUAGUCCAUGUGGCCGUCCCUGUCUGGGAACUGAACACCUGGGCACGCUCUAAACACAGCACUGUCUGGGAACUCUUCUAUAGAGAGGAGCUCAUGAUGGCUGCCCUCUUUAUUAUACUGUUUUCUAUAUUUGGAACUAUUAUUUAACUUUAGACAGGCUACAAAAUGGAGAGUUUGAAGAAAGAAAAUCAUGUCUGCUCUUUUUAUUAUACUGUUUUUUUAUAUAUUUGGAACUAUUAUUUAACACUAGACAGUUUACUGGUAUAUGUUAAUUGAGCUGUAAAUUAUCAUUCCAUGUAGUAUUUAUUGGUUGAUUUUUUUAUUGUCAUUAACUGUAGCCCUAGAAGGACUUGAUUGGUACAUGUAGAUUUAAGAAUUUUAAAACAUUGGUUGGAAAUCCGCACCUCGAAAAACUGUAUUAUAAAAUUCUGCUAUGAAGAUAUUAACAAAAAUUUUGAUUGGAUUUGGUGUUUACGGAAUGAACUGGAAACAACUGGCUUGUCAUUUAUUUUUUACGAAAAUAUUUUAGAUAAUUCUAUACUGUCCUUGAUAGAAGAAAGAUUGAAAGAUAAUUUUGGACAAACAUUGAAAUAUCCACAGGGCUUAAGGGCUAUUAUACCAACAUCUUGUUGACAGUUUUGCAGUACAAUUCUAGUUGAAUAAGCCGAUAUCACAGAAAUACAAGGUAUUUAUUGGUAAAUUUAGACAUUCAUCGCGUAAUCUAGCUGUAUAAACUGGAAGGUAUACAAAUGCAAAUAUAAAUUAAGAACUUAGAAUUUAUGCAAUUUCAAUGGUAUUGAGGAUGAAUUUUAUUUUAUUCUUUAAUGCCCUUGCUGCAGUACGAUUAGACAGAAAUACAUAAAAAAUUAUUUUGGAAACUAAGCAUUUUCAGACCAAGUAAUUUGUUAUCUGUUAACAAUGUUUCACAGUUCAACAACUUAGGAAAGUACAUAAAAUAUGCAUAGGAAUUAAAUUUAGCGUCAGUCUGAUAAUUAUUAUUAUUAGAAGUAGCAAUAUUGUUGUUGUUUUAACUUUAUAUUUUUACUGUAUUUUAUUCUGAUGCGCGUAGGGCUCAAGGGUUGAAUAAAAUUCAAUUGAAAUUGAGUCGGUCCAGCUCUGCGGGGAAUUCUCGAUAAAGUGCAAUCAGUGG